CCGAUACUUAUCAUAUUCGGCACGGUGGGAAACGUCGUCUGCAUUGUGGUCAUGAGCAGACGUGAGAUGAGAACCGCUCAAACUUCAGUGUAUCUCCUGGCCUUGUCCGUGGCAGACAUCUUGGUCUUGAACACGGGUCUUAUGAGACAUUUUAUCAAUGAGGUCGGUGGCUUCGAUGUCAGGUGA